GGGGGGGGGCUGGCUAUGUGGGUACCGAGGAGGAAUUUUAGGGAUCCUGGGAAAGGAGUUCUGGGUGUGUGAGUGAGGCUGCGCACCCCAAAACCAUUAUAUUUGGGAGCUUUGGAAAGGAACUGAUGUAUGUACUGCAUUUGGAAUCCCAGCCUGGUGAUGUGAUGGACUCUACGCCCCAGUCACUGUGCUCCCCAUUCCUUUGUACAGCUGCUAAUGGCCGUAGGGGGCCCAAACCAUUGUCAAGCAGCCCUGAAACAGGGGAUGCCCGCCCAAAGCCCCCAGUGAAACCCAAGCCAUGUGUGCUGCCAAAGCCAGCCAUGCCAGCAAAACCCACCCCUGUACUGCGCCAAGCCCUUUCUGAAGUGCCCUCUGCAGAAAAGAUCAAUUUGCUGGCUGGACCCAAGCCAUAUAGCAGUGGGGCUGGUAAUUCUGUUAAACGCCUUUCCUUUAGCCUCAAGGGUCCCCCAAAAGAAGCUGCAAAUGGAAAAGAGGUUUCCCCUCCAUUCUCUUCUGCUACCAAACCACCUGCAGAUGGAGAAGGAGCUGGGUCUCCAAAGCAAUCCAGUGUUGCGGAAGGAAUUUCUGUGGAGGAGUGUGGAGACUUGUCCAAUGUACGCAAGUGUGCUAUUCCUUUCAAAGUGAAGCCAGUGCCAGUAGCAGCUAAGCCAGAACGUUUUCCUGGGACCACAGUGGAGGAGAUCUUGGCCAAGAUGGAGAAGCCCAGCAAGGAAGGGCUAGAGAGCCCUGACAGGCCUCGACUGAGACGCACCUUCUUUAGCCAAGAGGGUGGCACAGCUGUUCACUUGGGGCCUAAGGGUUAUGCUGCAUUUCGGAGAUGUUCCAGUGGAGGGGAAGGGGAAGAAAUGGAAUUGAAGGGUCCUGCAUACGGGGCUUCUCAUGAAGAGAGCGGAUUAUCAAGGGACAAGGAGGAAAUAACAAGUUCCAAUGGUCAGCAUGUGCCUGAAUCUGAGCAGCCUGCAACGAAAAAAGAAUCACGUUUCCACUCUAGAGACAGCAGCUCCAGCCCACCUAGCAUGAGCUGCGAUGGAGGCCAGCCUGGACUUCGCAGUCCACCGUCUCCUGGCGUCUCUGUCCCACAGACCUAUCAACCCCUUGCCAAGCUCUCUUCUGGAAUCACACCUGGGUCCCCUGAGACCCCUGCUGAACCAGCCCAGCCCCCAGGUGCCCCAUAUCUUCCAGCAGAUAAUCAGAGCACCCAAGCUGAGCUUCCCCCAGGCUCACCAGAUUUUAUCAAACCUCUCACAUCUCCUGUUGAGGUGUCCUAUGGCCUUACCCAGGCUCCAGGUUCUCCUCUGGCCCUUGCUGACCCCUGUUCACUGGAACCCCCCAGUGCUUCUGUUGAGGCUUCCUUGUCUCCAUGUCCCCCCAGCCCUUCUGCAAGGCAUCUUGAGGGCUUACUUCUCCCUGGGCCCUCUCUCAGUGAGGCUGUUACUCCACAUAUUGAUCACAGCCCAGAAACUCCCAGUUGUCUCUUGGGCACCUCUGAGUCUCCUGGUUCCCCAAACCCUCUUUCUGAUUACUGUCUUGAUUCUGAUCAGCCUCCUGGCUCCCCCUCUCAUGCUCAAGAGUCCCUUCUGCUCUCCAGGAGUCAAGUUGCCCCCACGAACCAUAAUCAGGUGUUCCCUCUGGAGGAUAACCCCCCCAACCUUUCUCAGCUGCCCUUGCGGCGUGCCUCUGAGGGAGUGGUGCAGCCCCAAGGCAAAAAAGGCAAGGAAGAGUUAGGGGGAUCUUUGGCUGCUCUGCCAAGAGGGGGUCCUCCUUUAGAGCAGGCCGCAGCUGGGGAGUCCAAUUGGAGCCUGUCACAGUCUUUUGAAUGGUCAUUUCCUAACCGGACUCUUCAGUGUGGUGGGAGGAGGUUGGGGUCUCCACCCAGGUCUCCCAUUGCAGAGGCAGAGGACACAGGCCUCUUGGAGACAGAAUUGGGUGGAAACAUCUCCAGUCCCAGAAGUUCUUAUGAGGAGAGACGUUCAGAAGGGUUGAGCAGGAGAGAAGAUGAGGCUGAGGCUCAUGGAAGCUCCCCUGGGUGUAAGGAUUCCUGGAGCCAGGCUGUGGGGCAACCAGAGCCCCCUUCUGCUCUCCUGCAUAUGUCUGCACCUGGAGGACCCUCUGGUGGGAGAGAGCCUAGCAGCCAUGAACUAAAGGGUCCUUUGGUGGCAACAGUGGGUGGUUUUCAAGAGGAGGAUGGGGGCUUAUUGCCUUUUGCUGCAACCCAAGAGGAGGAGGCUUUGCAGGCAAUGGAGCCCUUGCCAAGUGUAGGACAGUCUGCCCCCCCUGCACAGCCUUGCAUCUCAUUCUCUGAGGAUGCUCAGAUGCAGACCAUUGUGUCCAGUUGGGAGAAUGAGUAUGCUCUGGAUCUGGUUCAGGAGAGCAGGACUAGUGACGUCGACCCCCUGAGGGAGGUUGAGCAUGAUCCUAGCUCAGGCUGGCUGGACAAAUUGCUGGCAUCACCUCCACCCAGUGCGGAUGACACUAAGAGGAGAAGUACACCCAAGUUGGAUGACCCCACAGGACCAGAGGAUCUCCUUGGAUGGUCCCGGAAAGACCUUUGCAGUGAGUUUGGCAUUGGAGACAGUGGCCGAUCCACAGCCUUUGGCGUAGGAUGGGCCGAAGAGGCUGUUGGCAGCAAGACACAAUGGCCUGACGAGACUGAACAGGAUCGUGAGUUUGGUACUAGCAAACGGGAUUGGCUGAGCUCAUACAGUGCUGAUGAUGCUGACAGGCAGGGUAUGGAAUUUGCUGCUAGCCCACAAGACUGGGCCACAGGGACUCCAUUGCUGGGUAGUUCUAGCCAAGGCCAAGAAGAUUGGCUCACUGCCUAUGGCAGCAGCUGUGCUGACCGACAGAUUGAGGAGUCUGAUUGGAGCAGCACAUACGACAUUGACUCUGCUGAAUGUCAAAAUUCAGAGCCUUAUGUGAGGAAGCCAGGUUGGCCAAAGCUCUGCACUGAUGCUGAUCAGGGGAGCAGGGAGUUUGCUGAGGGCAACACAGACUGGAGCAGCCAGUAUAUUGUAAGUGCUGCUGACAGGACUGACUGGCCCAGCAGUGCUGAAAAUGCCAGUUGUAUGGAAUCAGAAGUGAACACUGAGUCUUCAGAUAUAGCUAACAAAUGCAGCCCUGACCACCACCAGGAUACUCAGCUAAGUGUCAGGCAUUCCAAGGGAGCUGAUGAAGAUACUGAUGGUUCCUCUCAAGAGGCUGCAUUCAAUGCCUGCCAGUCAGGGUGGCCUAACGAAAGCGGGGCUAACAGCAGGGCCAGUGAACUGCAAGUGGGAUUCAGCAACCAGCAGAUGGAGAAGCCUGGUAAAUGUAGUGCCAGCCAUCCUGCAUCUCAGGUUAACAUCCAGCAGCAGCCCCAGCCAGAUGCAUAUGGCUUUAGUGAUGCCAGUUGUCCAGAUUCUGAACUAAGUGCCAAGCAGUCUGAUUGGCCCACUAGAUUUGAUUUGGGGGUUGCCCAGUGCCAAAACAGUGAAUUCAGUGUUGGGAAGCCAGAUGGCAUUGAUGAAUUCAAUAAUAGCCAAACAGGCUGGGAAAGAGAAGUGGGUGUCGUAAGUGGAGUUAGCUCCCCUGGGUUUGGGGCUGGUGAUGUGGAGUUUCGUGCCCAAAAGACAGUCUGGACUGAUGACUACAUCCUUGGUGGAUCUCAUCUGCAAGGUGGUAAUUUCUCAGCUGGCACAGGAGACUGGGCCAAAGGUACUGAUGUCUCAGGAACUGAACAAAAAAAAGAAUGCGGCACAGCAGAGAAGAACCAAGGAGGAAGCUUUGACCUGCUGGAUAUGACAGGUCUAAGAAUGGCAAUAGAUUUGGUGGAAACAUCUGAUAGCCUGAUAGACCAGACUCGAGAUUUAAGAACUGUCGCCAUGGUUGAGCCCAGAGAAGUUAGAGAGGGGCAAGAUCUCAGCCUCAGAGGCACGAGCCUCUCCGAGACUGAGAGCCCAGAUGAAUCUAGAAAGCCUACAGAGAAGCAGCCUGAUUCGCCCUCUGCCCUGGGCUUGUCAAGGCUGUCUGCAUCCUCAGAUGCAGGGCUUGUGCAUCCAGAGUUGCCAAGAGAACCUGGUGUGGGGCAUGCAGAUUUGGCCUACAGACCUCCCAUUGACAGCGCGGAUGUAUCUGAUGAACGAUCCAAAGCUUUGGAUGCGGCUGAGGAAGCAGGUCCAAUGGAGAUGGACUGGACCAGUGAAAGUCAGAAAGAAUAUCAGGACCGAAGUUUUCACUUUGCAGCUUCUUAUUUGGAUGGUGGUGAGAUGCAGAAACCAGAAACAAGUAAAGAACCUGGAGAGAGAGAGGCCCAUAGUGAACAUUUGUCCAGCACCAGCCGCCUGCUGGAAGAGAUGGUUACCAACAGUGCUGUCAAGGAGGCUGAACAGGAGAGACCUAUUUCCUCCUAUAGCUGCCAUUCAGGAGAAGAGGGAGCACCCAGCAACUUGACUGAUGAACAGAUGACUGCAGUCUCAAUGGAGGCAAAGGAGGAUGAAAUGAUUCGGUCCAGUGAGGAUGGUGAUGUCAGCCAGUUGGAUGGUAGAAACUGUAGUCAACCAGCUCUGGAAGUGAGGUGCCUGAAUCAUCCAGAGCAAAAUGGGAACCAGGUGGAACAUCCCAUAUCCCUGGAAGGCCAUGCUACGGAUGGGUCUGGAGCAUCUUCUGGAGAAACCUUCACCUUCUUAGUGGAUACAGAGGUCCUUGACAGCACUGCCUAUCGUGAUCGGGCUAACUUGGGCCGUAAGCGAGGUCAUCGGGCACCAGUCACUCGAUCUGGAAGUGGUCUUUUGGACAAUGAUAGGGACAGCUGGAUGUUCAAAGAUUCCACAGAGCCUCGAGUAGCUCCAGUAGUCUCUGAUGAAGAAGCUGCCGAGGAGCCAAGGAGCAGAAGACCUCGAAAUUCCCCAUUGUCCAAGGGGGUGAAGGUGCCGCUUUUCCCAGGCCUCAGCCCCUCAGCAUUGAAGGCCAAGCUACGAGGCCGAAACCGUUCUGCUGAGGAAGGGGAUUCCCACAGUGAGGCUAAGCAGAGUCCUGCCAAGGAGGCCCAUGUACAGCGCUCUAAGUCUUGCAAGAUUGCCAGUGGGAAGCCUUUGGUGCUGCCACCCAAGCCAGAGAAAACCUCAGGGUCAGAAGCAUCGUCACCCAAUUGGCUGCAGGUUCUGAAGCUGAGAAAAAAGAAAUCUUGAAAUGGAAGCAUUGAGAUGUUGUUUUCCAUCCGCUGGAGCCUUGACAGCAGCCGUUCUAAUGAGAUUGUCAUGGGUGAAAGGUGGCAUGGUGGUGUUGGAGUCUUGUUUCCCAUCUAACAUCUAUGAGGAGCUGGGGGUGGGGGUGGGUGGGGGGGAAGAGGGUGGAUGAGGCACAUUUAUGCACUUUGUAUCACAUUCACUCACUCAUGCAUAUGGCGGCUAGAUUCUCUCUGUCACUGUCUUGUCUUGUUUCCUCCUCCUUUUUUCCUUCUUAUAUAAAUUCUUAUUUUUUGUAAUCGGUCUAGUAGCUUUGGCGCUGACUUCUUUCCUUUUACCCCACAAUGGGGAGGGAAGACAAUGCAGUGAGGCUUCUGUUCUCUCUGCUGCCAUAUAAUGCAUUUCAGACAAAAGAGGAAUGGAUUGUUUUUGUCUUUGACCACUUGAAACAAAUAAAGGUUUUAUGGCAACA